AUGUUACUCGAUUUUUCUCGUACUACGCUUGGAACGGCUAAUGUUAAUGGUACUCGGUGCAUCGAGUACAUUCAGCGUGGAUUGACAGCUGGAUACCGCAGUAUUGAUACCGCCCAAGCAUAUCGAAAUGAAGAAGCCGUCGGCCAAGCAAUCCGAGAGCACUCAGUACCACGUAAACAAAUCCACGUCAUGACCAAAGUCUCUACAGGCUUCAAGCAAAAUCCAGGCAGCCUUAAUGAAGUCAAAGACGCAGUCGAAGGCUCUCUGACAAGGCUGAAAAUAGGUUAUGUGGAUGCGAUGCUGAUACAUCAUCCGGGUGAUGACACCGUUGACCCGGAAGCUGCAUAUCGACGUCGAGUGACAUGGCAAGGGCUGGAGACGUUGGUGGAGCUGGGGAAAGUGAGAAAUAUCGGAGUCAGCAAUUUCAACAUCGCGCAUCUACGUGAACUGAAGCAGUACGCCAGAAUAUUGCCAGUUGUCAACCAAAUAGAGCUACAUCCAUGGUGUCAACAGCGAGAAUUGGUCAAUCAUUGCCAGAAAGAAAAGAUUCCACUUCAAGCAUAUCUCGCAAUUUCCAGAAAUUCUCAAGAAAGCGAUGAAGGGCUGAAAGCACUGGCAAAGAAGUACAACGUAUCGGCUGCCGCAAUUUUGAUCUGCUAUAGCGUUCGCAAGGGUUUUCUUCCUAUUGUAAAGGCAGAGGAUCCUCAACAUCUAGUUUCUAACUUGAAGGCGGAGAAGCUGUGUAUCGAAGAUGAAGAUCUAGCAGUGAUAGAUUCGUGGGACAUGGGAAAAAGUGGAUCAAUAAGUGAGUAUUUGGAUCUAUUGUAG